GGGAGAAUGGGGCGCAUGGAUCGGCAGGAUUAACCAAGAUUUCCUGAAAACAUUACUGAAACUUUUGUAAACUCUGCCUAACAAAACAUGGAUAUGUUCGUUCUUGGUUUAUUGCUGUUACACACAUCAGUUCACACGGUCGGGGCUCAGUUCACUGCCGGUGGCUGUACCUUUGACGACGGUCCAGCUCAGUGUGACUACCAGCAGGAUCCUUACGAUGACUUUGACUGGACUCAUGUCAGUGCACAAGAAGUGCCCUAUCUAUCAUCAGAUCUGCCUCAAGGGUCUUACAUGAUGGUGGACACCUCUCAGCAUGAUGCUGGGGAGAAAGCUCGUCUCCAGCUGCCCGUCAUGAAAGAAAACGAUACUCACUGCAUCGACUUCAACUACUUACUGUACAGUCAGGAUGGGUCCAGCCCAGGAACCCUCAACAUCUUGGUGAAGGUGAACAAAGGCCCCCUGGCCAAUCCCAUUUGGAACGUCACAAGUCACACAGGGAAAGACUGGCUGAGGGCGGAGCUAGCAGUCAGCACCUUCUGGCCCAAUGAAUAUCAGGUCAUCUUUGAGGCGGAGGUGUCGGGCGGGAAGUCGGGUUUCAUUGCGAUUGAUGACAUCCAGGUUCUGAGCUACCCGUGCGAUAAAUCCCCUCAUUUUCUGCGUCUGGGUGAUGUGGAGGUGAACGCCGGCCAGAAUGCCACGUUUCAGUGCAUCGCCACUGUCCGUGAUGCCGUCAAUAACAAACUGUGGCUUCAGAGGAGGAAUGGAGAAGAUAUACCAGUGGCUGAGACAAAAUAUAUUAAUCAUAGGAGGUUUGCAGCUUCAUUUAGGCUAAAGGAAGUGACCAAUCAGGACCAAGAUCUGUACCGAUGUGUCACUCAGUCAGAAAGAGGCUCUGGGGUGUCCAAUUUUGCUGCCCUCAUUGUCAGAGAACCCCCUCGGCCCAUUGCUCCACCUCAGUUGCUUGGCGUUGGCCCGACAUACCUUCUGAUCCAGCUCAAUGCAAACUCCAUAUUCGGAGACGGUCCCAUUAUUCUGAAAGAGGUGGAGUACCGUAUGACGUCUGGGAGCUGGACGGAGACCCACGCCGUCAACUCCCCCAACUACAAACUGUGGCACCUGGACCCAGACACCGAGUACGAAAUACGAGUGCUACUGACCCGACCCGGAGAAGGGGGCACGGGCCAACCGGGGCCUGCUCUCAUCACCAGAACCAAAUGUGCCGAGCCGAUGAGAACGCCUAAGAGUCUGAAGAUAGCUGAGACUCAGGCCAGGUUUAUAGCUGUGGACUGGGAGUCUCUGGGUUACAACAUCACUCGCUGUCACACCUUCAACGUCACCAUCUGUUACCAUUACUACAACGCCAAUAACCAGAGCAAGGCCGACUGUCUGGACAUGGACCCCAAAGCCCCCCGCCACGUGGUGGGGAACCUGCCCCCCAACACCAACGUCAGCCUCAAGAUGAUUCUGACAAAUCCAGAGGGACGCAAGGAGAGUGACGAGACCAUCAUCCAGACAGAUGAGGAUGUGCCUGGCCCGGUGCCCAGUCAGUCUACGAAGGCCACACCAUUUGAAGAUAGGAUCCUCCUGUACUGGAGAGAACCACUGGAACCCAAUGGAAUCAUCACUCAAUAUGAGAUCAGCUACAGCAGCGUGCGUUCCUUUGACCCGUCCGUGCCUCUGUUGAGGCCACCACUGAUAGUAUCUCUGUCAAGCAACAGUUCUCACCACGUCUUCUCUCAGCUCCACCCUGGCACCACCUACCAGUUCACCAUCCGGGCCAGCACCAUCAAGGGCUUCGGACCCCCAACUACGCUCAACGUCACCACCAACAUCUCAGCCCCAACGCUGGAGGAGUAUGAUGGUUCAGAGGCGUUCCUGAAUGAAACAGCCACCACCAUCACAGUUCUCCUGAAGCCUGCUCAAGCUAAGGGUGCCCCAAUAAGUGCGUAUCAGAUUGUGGUGGAAGAGUUGAGCCCCCAUCGUACCCGUCGAGAGGUGGGUUCACUCGACUGCUACCAGGUCCCCGUGUCAUACCAGAGCGCCGCCAGCGGUGGGUCUCCGUAUUAUUUUGCUGCCGAGCUGCCACCAGGGAACCUUCCGGAACCUUCUCCGUUCACAGUGGGGGACAACAAAACCUACCACGGGUUUUGGAAUGCUCCACUGGCACCCAGGAAGAACUACAACAUCUACUUCCAGGCUGUUAGCAGUGUUGAAAAGGAAACCAAGACCCAAUGUCUGAGACUGGCAACUAAAGGUGCCACAGAAGAGCCUGAAGUGAUUCCAGAUCCAGCCAAUCAGACGGACCGUGUGGUUAAGAUCGCAGGGUUCAGCGCCGCUGUACUGGUUUUCAUCUUACUGGUCCUGAUCACCAUCCUCCUGGUUAAGAAGAGGAGGACCUACUAUUCUUACUCAUAUUACCUGAAACUGGCCAAGAAGCGCAAAGACGCCAUUGGAAACACACGUCAGGAGAUGACUCACAUGGUCAACGCCAUGGACCGCAGUUACGCCGAUCAGAGCACUCUCCACGCCGAAGACCCCAUGUCCGUCACGUUCAUGGACUCACACAACUUUAACAACAGGUUGCCUAACGAUCCUCUCGUUCCCACUGCGGUUCUAGUGCCAAUAACCGAUGAAAACCACACGGCCGCUGCGGAGUCCAGUCGUUUGCUGGACGUGCCGCGGUACCACUGUGAGGGAACAGAGUCACCCUACCAAACCGGCCAGCUCCACCCUGCCAUCCGCGUGGCAGACCUUCUCCAACACAUCAACCUUAUGAAAACUUCCGACAGCUACGGCUUCAAGGAGGAGUAUGAGAGUUUCUUUGAAGGCCAGUCUGCUUCCUGGGAUGUGGCGAAAAAGGAACAGAACAGAACCAAGAAUCGAUAUGGAAACAUCAUUGCAUAUGAUCAUUCUAGAGUAAUCCUGCAACCCAUGGAAGAUGAUGGCUCCUCUGACUACAUAAACGCCAACUACAUUGAUGGCUACCAAAGGCCAAGCCAUUAUAUUGCAACCCAAGGCCCCGUCCAUGAGACAGUUUAUGACUUCUGGCGAAUGAUCUGGCAGGAGCAGUCUGCGUGCAUCGUCAUGGUAACCAACCUGGUGGAGGUGGGACGGGUGAAAUGUUAUAAGUACUGGCCGGACGACGCUGAAGUGUACGGAGAUUUCAAAGUGACAUUUGUGGAGGUUGAGCCGCUUGCUGAGUAUGUGGUCAGGACCUUCACACUGGAGAGGAGAGGUUUUAAUGAGCUCCGAGAGGUGAAGCAGUUCCAUUUCACCGGCUGGCCUGAUCACGGUGUACCAUACCAUGCCACAGGCCUACUGUCCUUUAUCCGCCGGGUCAAAAUGUCCAAUCCACCCAGCGCUGGACCUAUUGUUGUCCACUGCAGUGCUGGAGCAGGUCGGACCGGCUGUUACAUCGUGAUUGACAUCAUGUUGGACAUGGCUGAGAGAGAGGGAGUGGUGGACAUUUACAACUGUGUCAAGGCACUUCGCUCCAGACGCAUCAACAUGGUCCAGACAGAGGAGCAGUAUAUUUUUAUUCAUGAUGCCAUCCUGGAGGCUUGUCUGUGUGGAGAGACGGCCAUUCCUGUCUGUGAGUUUAAGGCCGCCUACUACGACAUGAUCCGGAUCGACUCUCAGAGCAACUCCUCACACCUCAAAGAUGAAUUCCAGACACUGAACUCAGUAACGCCUCAGCCCCAGCCGGAGGACUGCAGUAUUGCUCUGUUACCCAGGAACCACGAGAAGAACCGAUUUAUGGACAUGCUCCCGCCCGACCGCUGCCUACCUUUCCUCAUCACAAUCGACGGCGAGAGCAGCAACUACAUCAAUGCCGCCCUCAUGGAUAGCUACAGACAACCUGCUGCAUUUAUCGUCACGCAGCAUCCUCUGCCCAACACCGUGAAGGACUUCUGGAGGCUGGUCUACGACUACGGCUGCACCUCCAUCGUCAUGCUCAACGAGAUCGACCUGGCACAGGGUUGUCCUCAGUACUGGCCAGAGGAGGGGACGCUCCGAUAUGGACCCGUCCAAGUGGAAUGUAUGUCUUGCUCCAUGGACUGUGAUGUCAUCAGCCGACUCUUCAGAAUAUGUAAUCUUACUAGACCUCAGGAGGGCUACCUGAUGGUCAGACAGUUUCAGUACCUGGGCUGGGCAGCCCAUAGAGAGGUCCCUGCCUCCAAGCGUUCCUUCCUGAAGCUCAUCCUACAGGUGGACAAAUGGCAGGAGGAGUGCGAGGAGGGAGAGGGGAGGACCAUUGUACACUGCCUGAAUGGAGGGGGUCGUUGUGGGGUGUUCUGUGCCAUCAGUAUUGUGUGUGAGAUGAUUAAAAGACAGAACGUGGUAGAUGUGUUUCAUGCCGUUAAGAGUCUACGAAACAGCAAACCCAAUAUGGUGGACAGUCCGGAGCAAUACCGAUUCUGCUACGACCUCGCUCUGGAGUACAUCGAGACAUCGUAAUGGAGGACCUGUGAGGGCAGUGGUUUAAAAUCGCAGCCCCCCCCCCCACCCCCCACCCCCAUGACUCCACUCUCUGUCGUCCUGGGCUGCUUGCUCAGCCACACAGAGAUGGUCUUUUUUCUUAGUUUGAACUGAAUCUCUCCCUGUACAGUAUA